CGUUCCGCUCCGUCAUUUCUUCGCGCCGCCGUAGAGAGGCUGGAUUCACUGGUUGUAGAAACUCUGCUGAGUUUCUUUGUCCUUUUUAUUUUUUUGUGGCGGAUUUAAAUCUUCUUCCGGUGGAUCUAAAUAUUUUCCCGCUCUGAUGGCGAACGAGCGGCUCCGACUGCUGGAGGAGGUGGAGAAGGAGAUCGCGGUGGUGCUGCAGUGCGCUGUAAUAACGUUUAACCAGGUUGAUUUUUCCCAACAGGUAGCUACCGGUCAGCCACACGAGGGCUCCACGUAUUCUUCCAGGAAGGAUUGCCAGAUGUCGCUGAACAGAGCCGAGUACGCCAAGGUGAAGCUGGGGGAACUGGGUCGGACGUGUGAAGCCAUGCUGGAGCAGCAGCAGCAGCCUCAGGCGUGAGAUCGGAGGCCGGACGGCGGCGGGCGGACGGACCGAUCCGACGCCUCUUUGUUUUGGUCGGGACUGAAUGGGCCAGAACUGAACCAAAGGUUGGAUGUUCAUCGCUUUAGUGGAGCUCAUUACUUCCCCUUUAGUUCAACGAACGUUUCAUAAAUAUCAGCAGAUUUGACACGUCAAGUCCUGCAUCGACUCAUUUCAUCAACUGUCGGCU